GUUGUGUCGUCUGCUUUGACUAAAUAAAGCGUUCGAUAGAUAGAUUUUUAGUGACGCAGACGAUAAUCGUAAACAGCAGACGACAACACGGGAGUAAUCACAUCUGGUGAAAAUAGGAUGUAAAUUACAGUAAAAAACCACCACGGAUUAGCGAACAGUAGUGUUUUAUUUGAAUCUUUAAAUACAUGUUAAUACGAACUAUCUAGAGUUUAUAUAUAUACGAAAUAUCUAGAGUUUAACAUAGCGAUUUUACUAGGAAGUUUGCGAUAUGUCUAAAAAGAAAGAUUCGGACAUCCUGUCCAAGUACUCAGCUGGACAAAUACGAGAGCUAAGGGAAGCGUUCAAAUUGUUCGACAAAGAUGGCGACGGUUCGAUCACCGCGGAAGAGCUUGGAACCGUCAUGCGGAACCUUGGACAAUUUCCGUCCAUGGACGAGUUGAAUAUGAUGCUGAAAGAGAUCGACAUUGAUGGUGAUGGAACGUUUAGUUUUGAAGAGUUUGUACAGUAG